CCUGCUGGAAGGCUUCGGAAGGGCAUCGGAAUCGGAAUCGGAUUCGGACCUGGCCAAUGGCUAAUGGUUAAUGUGGCAACACGGACGUAUAUGGAUCUCGGGGAAUGUUGAGAAUGUGCCAAUAUGCCAGUGGGCCUAUAUAGGGCUUGUGCCGUGUGAGUGAGUGUUCUUGGGCGGACUAACAGGUCCUCCCGUCUUGCCAAGUGUUAAAGUGCGGCCAAAAGUAUUUCCGAGAAAAAAAAAUAAAUACGUUAGAAAAAGUGACAAAUCUGCUGCCGGUUUAAGUUUUUGUUUUUUUUGGUCGAAAGUUUGCCGAAAGGAUUAAGGCACCGACCCGUAGUUGUUGGAGUCAAAGGACAAACGAAGCGCCGAGGGCCACGGGAGGCAAGGGAACGAUGGCUGGGGAGAUGUGCAAAGCUAAAACCAUAAACCCAAAGCCGCCAAAUGCAAGUGCAGAACAAACUCAACUGUGAGAGCCGACGAAGAAGAAGAGAGCAGCCGGAAAAGAGUAAAAAGGAAGUGCAACCUGUGCCCCCCAAAAGUCUAAUUAGAAAGCAUCGCGUUGAGGCCUCACAUUGCUCAUACGCCGUGUGAACCGCGAGCUCGUGUCUCUCUCUGUGUGUGUGUGCUUGUGUCGAGUGUGUGCGUGUGUUUUUAGCUAAAAUUCAAAGGUUACAACUCUUGAAAGCCAGUCAAAGAGUGUCGAAGUUUUUGUUCGAUUUGUUUGCGAGCCAACAAAGAAUUACCCUGGCAUGCGGCUGCUCUUGCCCCAACUGUUGCAUGCAACAUGGAUGGCGAAAAUCGGAUUAUACUCAAUGUGGGCGGAAUAAGAUAUGAAACCUACAAGGCCACGCUCAAGAAAAUCCCCGCAACACGUCUCUCCCGACUGACCGAAGCCCUGGCCAACUACGAUCCGGUACUCAAUGAAUACUUCUUCGAUCGCCAUCCGGGUGUCUUCACCCAAAUCCUCAACUAUUACAGAACUGGCAAACUGCACUAUCCCACGGAUGUGUGCGGACCGCUGUUUGAGGAGGAGCUGGAGUUCUGGGGACUCGACUCCAACCAGGUAGAGCCCUGCUGUUGGUCAACCUAUAGUAUACAUCGCGAUACGCAAAACACCUUAGCCAUAUUAGAUAAGCUAGAUAUUGAAAAUGAAAAGCCCACGGAGGAGGAAAUAGCCCGACUAUUCGGCUUUGAGGAGGCGAUGAGCAACGGCGAGCUUAACUGCUGGCAGCGUCUGAAACCCAAGAUCUGGGCCAUGUUCGAUGAGCCGUCCAGCUCCACGGGUGCCAAGAUCGUUGCCGGCAUGUCGGUUUUCUUUAUAUUUGUUUCUGUGAUAUCCUUCUGCCUGAAGACCCACCCCGGCUUCCGCGUGGACCUGCCCAUCACGUCCAAUGGAACCUAUGGCGCCGAAGCGGGCGCUCCGCCCCACGGACACGAUCCCAUGAGCGAGCCACCGGCGCAGACUCAUCAGUACCAUCAGCAUCAGCACAGCAUCACGCCGCCCAGUGGCAGCAUUGGUCCCACCUUUCGUGUCACGAACUACACCAGCUACAGCAGCACCAACUUCACGCCGCCUGGCCAGACCACCCCCAUUGCCACCAUUAAGGGCGGGCAGAGGCAAAGGCUUCGACGGAACCUCAUUGAAGGCAACGGGAGCAGCCUCAUUGGGGGCCGUCGGCAUGGCUGGAACGAGACCUACGGCCAGCCGCAUGAGGCCUUCUUCUACGUGGAGCUGGUGUGCAACGUCUGGUUUUUCAUUGAAGUUAUCAUCAGAUUGAUUGUCUCCCCCAAUCUGUGGCAGUUCAUCAAGUCACCGGUGAACAUCAUCGACUUCACGGCCACGCUGAGUUUCUACACGGAUGUGAUGCAGCGGAUGGGCGAGUACACGGGUCUCCUGGAGGCCUUUUCCAUCGUGAGGAUAAUGCGGCUUUUCAAGCUCACGCGGCACUCACCGGGCUUAAGGAUCCUCAUCCAUACGUUCAAGGCCUCGGCCAAGGAGCUGACCCUGCUGGUCUUCUUCCUCGUCCUUGGCAUCGUGUUCUUCGCCAGUCUGGCGUACUAUGCAGAGAAGUUACAGGACAAUCCGGACAACCAGUUCAAGAGCAUCCCCCUGGGCCUGUGGUGGGCCAUUGUGACCAUGACCACAGUGGGCUAUGGCGACGUGGCGCCCAAAACCUAUCCGGGCAUGUUUGUGGGUGCCCUCUGUGCCCUGGCCGGCGUACUGACCAUCGCCCUGCCCGUGCCCGUCAUCGUCAGCAACUUCUCCAUGUUCUACUCCCACACUCAGGCUCGCUCCAAGCUGCCCAAGAAGCGACGACGCGUCCUGCCUGUGGAGCAGCCUCGUCGCAAGCGGGAGCCCACUGCCCCCCAUCGCGGACGGGCGAAUGCUUUCAAACAGACGCCACCCACUGGGCCAGGACUAGUGGCCGGUGGUGGUAAUCCGGCCGGAGCAGCGGGUGCCGGCGGAGGAGGAGGUGGUGGUGGCGGUGGCCAUGCCAUGGGUCAUCUCGCUGCUGGGGCGCCCAUGUUUAAGGAUGCAUUCGGUGGAGCGAAAAUCGGCACCGCGAAUGUGAACGGCGUCAAUGUCAUUGGCCUGCAUCAUCCUGCGAGGACGACGACAACGAUGACGACCACGACUUUGCUGCCAGAUCCAGAUCCCGAUCCAGAUCCGACGCCGCUGUCGACAAUGACCUACCAAGUGCCUAUGCCCGUGCUCCAGCCCCCGCCCACAGUCCACAGCCAUGGCCACGCCCACGCCCAUGCCCACAGUCAUGGCGGGCAUGGGAACGCCCAUGGCCUUGGGCCCGCCGCGUCAUCGCUGACUGGCUCGGCGGCUUCGGCAGCUGUUGUUGCCACAGCCACGGCAGCCGCACCCGCCGCCGGUCCCGCGUUCAUCAGUUCGGACUACUUGAGCGUGCCGGCGGUGCAGAGCCUGCAGCCGCGGGCGGCGACGACUGGCCACGACUUUAUGCUGCCGCUCCAGCCGAAGCUCCUGGGUGAUGGCCUUCUCUUGUCGUUUCUCCAUCCCGCAGAGCGUAAGGAUCAGCAUCCGCUGCAGCUGACUGCCCACAACCUGGCCACGGACACGCACCAGAUGAUGUACCCGCCUCAGGCCCCGCCCCACAAGGCCCAAGUGCUCAAUGUGCCGCCCACGCUGAGCAUGACCCACAGCCAGAUGCCGCCGGGCAUGGCCAGCAUGGGUCAGCGCACCCCGAACCUCAGCUUCCGUGCCUCCCACGCCGGCCAGUCCGCCCAGGUGGCCACGAUCCAGCAGCCCAUCCCGCACGCCCACGCCUGCCACGCCGCCACAAACUGCAACAUCAAGAUCUCGGUGGCCCCGGAGGAGCUGCGCGGGCCCAAGGUCACCCUGGUCGAUGAUCUCAGCGACGAGGUUUCCCCUUCCUCCACAGAAGACUGUGGGGACUGCUGCCUGGUGGAGGACAGCGACACCUAUGACGGCGGUCCCACCAAUAAUGGUCUUCCCGGUGGCCAGGAGAACGGAACGGACAGUGGACUCCUCGACGCCGAGGAGGACGAGGAUGGCGAGGGAAGCUGUGUGGGCGGCGAUAGUGGGGAUAGUCUGGGAGGGAUCUACAUUGGGCCCAGGCAUUGAUUACUCGCCUCAAGUGAGAGAGAACUUGGCAUGGCUUAGGUGUUAAUAUAAAUGCGUAUGUACGUGUAAUGUGAAUGUCUCGUGAAAUGUGCUACUCUAACUCUAAGUCGCAGCUACGUAAGAGGAAGUGUAAAUCUCGAACGAUUAGUUAAUAUUUAAGAAAUUUUAAACCAAGGUCAAUCAUGCUCAAUCUUUUAUUCAGUUUUAUAUAAUUUUUAACUAGUUUCUCAGUAAGGGAACUUUAGUCAAAACUAAAACAUAACAUUUCAAAUAAUUUGCACAUUAAAAACACUUUCAGAUUGGCACAGCUUAAUACUAAUUAAAAUAUUUCUUUAAUUAUUUCAAGGCAGUCAAGGAGUCUGCAGCUGAUAUGAAAGCUGAAUUUUUUAGGAAAUACUUAACUAAAACUACUAAUUACUAUUGUUGUCUACGGAAACAGCAAACUGUGAAAAUACACUUUAAGCCUAGCCUAAAUUUCACAUUAUAAAACAAGGAUAUAAAUCCUUAAAGUGUAACAUUCCGCUUUUGGUUCCCUAACUUGUAAAUUCUAUACAAAGGAGUGAGGAUUAUUCAACUGCCAGGCUAUAUAUGGGCUUAUUGAUUAGUUUGCAAAACUAAGUUUAGUGCUGAUAAAAUU